UCGCGCGCCACGCCAAACAGACUCUGCACGCCCUUGCGCUCCGAUUUGAUGCUCUCUGAGAUUCUGAAAAUAYACGAGGGAGAAAGAMUAGUCMCAAGGCAYGAAUAMAAUAUUUAAUAAACYASAUGUCCACUCUAAGCGUCCGUCUUGCUGUACCUAUUGACCAUCGAUAGUUGUGUGCUCAAGUUUACCRAGAUCCAAAGUUGUCAGGCAGCGUUCAUUGAACGCAUGCGCAUUGCAUCCACUAUCCAGCUCAAAAUAAGAGUUAAAACAGAAACGAGUGCAGGAGGAGGAGAGCAGGGAGAGAUGACUGACACCCCGCCCAGCGAUGGCCCCUCCCAGGGGGCAGAGUUUGACAUGAUGGGCGCUCUGGACUGGCAGGAYGGCAUCGCCACACUGCCCGGCAGCGACAUCAAGUUCCGUAUGACAGAGUUUGGAACUUUGGAGAUCGUGACAGAGCCAGAGGUCAAAGAGGCAGGGCCAACCCCCCAGAACCCCGCCCAGUCGAAAAGCCCCAMCCCUCCACCAGAGGCCCAAUCAGAGAGCAGCGCAGCCUCUUCUGCAGCCAAGGAAGUCCAGCCACUUGCACCUAAGGGUAAAGUAAACAUAUGGUUAUGA